CCUGACAGUCAGGGGUAUUCAACCGUGCCUCCUUUGAUCUCCUCAAGGGUCGCAAGAUCCCUUUCUUGCUUCUUUCGGACGUGUUGAUCAGGUUUCGGUCAGGUUUGGUGGUAUAAGAGAGCAAGUUCGAAAUAUGAUCGACGACAUGAAGGUGAUCAAACUUGACUUCAGCAAGCCUUCGCAGCCACAACCACGUUCCUCUUGACCUAGCUGGGCCUAGUCUUCGAUUCCUAACAUCCGCUCAUACCUGUUCUCACAUCGCUCCUUCCGCACUUCCGCUCAUCACCAAGAAUGUCUCCCAACAUCUCCACCUUCGACACCAAGGGAAUGGGGGUCCGAGCUGCGGUCCCCAGCAUCAACACCAACGUCAAAUUGGCGCGUGGCACAAAAACCGCGGCUCCUUCGGCUUACCCUCGAGACAAGCUACUGGGUCUGGCCGGCUCUCCUCUAGCGGUCUCUUCCGUUCCCGAUCCCGAACGCUUGCGCAAGUAUCACGACAUUCUCACCGCCGGACCUUCCCCUUCCCCCGCGUCCAUGGGUCAAUCGAUCAAAGGCGACUCGACCGGGCGACAGAGUACCAUGCGCAGAGGCUGGGGUUCCCGUCACAUGGGAGGGAUGUCGGCAGUCACCCCGACGGGAACGUUUGGGAGCUUGGAGUCCUUGAUCAGGCCUGCUUCAGAGAUGCAGGUUAUGACACCUGAAGAGGAUGAUGAGCCACCCAUCAACAUCACGUUCGCCUCGCUCAACCUCUACGGAAUGGGUCCGGGUGCGAAGAAGGAACCGAUCGGUAUGAAGGACGCUUUGAGCCCUGAAGCCAAAGAGUUUGUGCCGACCAACACCCCUGCGAGUCUGUCGAACAUGGCUACCGAGGCGAUUGUUGGGCGGCCGGUCAUGUCCACGACGCCUAUAGUCAAAGAGCCGACGACUGAAAGGCCGACGAUCGAUCGGAUGGAAACCAUGAAGCCUACACAGGCGGUUGCAACGUCGAUCAGUGUCAAGAUCGAUGCCGAGGGCUCCGACACGGACGAACACGACAACAUGCCCCUGUCGUCAGUCGAAUCUGUCGCGGCCAAGAACGGCCACAACAUCCCUUCCAGACCGACAUUGUGCGCCUUACCCCCCAACCUGCCUAGAUGGGCUCACAAGAGCGAUGUACCGAUGGCGAAAAGACCUCAGAUGAAUAGGAACCCUAGCAGUUCCUCGCUGAUGACGUCUGUCACGAUGACCUCCAUCGCGGAAAGCAACGGCAACACGACCGGCCGAAGCAUGGCUUCGCCCUGGAGACGGCAGUCAGCGAUGCCUGUCUUCAUGGACAAGCACGAAAGCACUGUCGCCGUUCCCGCUGCAUCUCAACCUCGACCCAUCCAAACUGAGAAUCUCAGUCCUGAAGCCAGGUCUCAUCCGUCAUCGGCGGUUCGAGUCGGUAGCGCCUUGCCGCACCCCAACUCAUCGCGAAGUUGGGGUAUUCCAGGAGGAUCUAUGGCUAGUCCAGCUCGCGUUCCCAAGCUAGUGACACCCACCGGUCUCCUCGGCGCGGUCCCCAUGCAAGGCGCGGGAUACAAGUAGAUGCGGUGCUUCAAG